UUGGCUGUCCGCGCGCGGUGCGCUGGGUGUCAUUCCCCGUGGGGACCCCAAACACUGUCAGUGAGGCGCCGGGCGGAGGGGAGCGGCGGCAGGUAUCUGUGAAGAAACAAUGGCGACAGAGUCCCCGCGCCGCCCCAGCCGCUGCACCGGAGGAGUGGUGGUUCGCCCACAAGCUGUCACGGAACAGUCGUACAUGGAAAGUGUUGUUACGUUUCUUCAAGAUGUUGUGCCACAGGCCUACAGUGGAACCCCACCAGCAGAAGAAAAGGAGAAGAUAAUUUGGGUCAGAUUUGAAAAUGCAGAUUUAAAUGAUACAUCAAGGAAUAUGGAGUUCCAUGAAAUACACAGCACCGGGAAUGAACCACCGUUACUGCUGAUGAUUGGAUACAGUGAUGGAAUGCAAGUCUGGAGCAUACCUAUCAGUGGUGAAGCUCAAGAACUCUUUUCUGUCCGCCAUGGUCCAGUUCGAGCUGCACGGGUCUUGCCAGCUCCCCAAAUCAGUGCUCAGAAAUGUGAUAAUUUCUCUGAGAAGCGGCCUCUUCUCGGUGUGUGCAAAAGCAUUGGAUCUUCUGGCACAAGCCCACCUUACUGCUGUGUGGACCUUUAUUCUUUGCGCACAGGAGAGAUGGUCAAGUCCAUACAGUUCAAAACUCCUAUUUACGAUCUGCACUGCAAUAAAAGGAUACUUGUCGUAGUCCUGCAAGAGAAAAUUGCCGCCUUCGACAGCUGUACUUUCACCAAAAAAUUCUUCGUUACAAGCUGCUAUCCUUGCCCAGGGCCAAACAUGAACCCUAUUGCUCUUGGAAGCCGUUGGCUUGCUUAUGCAGAAAAUAAGCUGAUCCGAUGCCAUCAAUCCCGUGGUGGAGCCUGUGGAGACAACAUUCAGUCUUACACUGCCACAGUCAUUAGUGCUGCCAAAACAAUAAAGACUGGACUUACAAUGGUUGGGAAAGUAGUUACACAGCUGACAGGGACGCUGCCCUCAGGAGCAACUGAAGAAGAAAUUUUAGCUCAUAGCAACAUCCGUCGAAGUCCUCUGGUGCCUGGAAUCAUCACCAUCAUUGACACAGAGACAGUUGCAGAAGGGCAGGUACUUGUCAGUGAGGACUCUGAUAGUGAUGGUAUUGUGGCCCACUUCCCUGCUCACGAAAAGCCUAUUUGCUGCAUGGCUUUUAACCCUAGUGGGAUGUUGCUGGUCACUACUGACACAUUAGGCCAUGAUUUCCAUGUUUUUCAAAUACUGACACAUCCUUGGUCAUCAUCACAAAGUGCCGUCCAUCAUUUGUAUACACUUCACAGGGGAGAGACUGAAGCCAAAGUACAGGAUAUCUCCUUCAGCCAUGACUGCCGCUGGGUUGUAGUCAGCACGCUUCGGGGCACUUCCCAUGUUUUUCCUAUCAAUCCUUAUGGCGGCCAGCCCUGUGUCCGAACACACAUGUCACCCCGGGUGGUAAAUCGCAUGAGCCGAUUCCAGAAGAGUGCAGGCUUGGAAGAGAUCGAGCAAGAGCUGACAUCUAAGCAAGGAGGACGCUGUAGCCCUGUUCCAGGCCUGUCAAGCAGCCCCUCUGGCUCACCGCUCCAUGGUAAAUUGAACAGCCAAGACACUUACAAUAACUUCACAAACAAUAAUCCUGGGAACCCUCGACUCCUGCCUCUUCCAAGUUUGACUGUGGUGUUGCCUCUUGCUCAAAUCAAACAGCCAAUGACAUUAGGGACCAUCACCAAACGCACAGGACCUUACCUGUUUGGAGCAGGAUGUUUUUCCAUAAAAGCUCCAUGCAAAUCCAAACCAGCUCCACAGAUUUCACCCAGUAAGUCUGUGGGAGGAGAGUUUUGUGUCGCUGCAGUCUUUGGCUCAUCGAGGUCAUGGUUUGCAAACAACCCCGGUCUGAAAAGAGAAAAAGAUCAAUCAAAACAGUUUGUAGUGGAGUCGUUGUAUAUUAUCAGUUGUUAUGGCAGCCUGGUGGAGCAUGUAUUGGAACCACGUCCGCUCAGCACUGCUCCGAAGAUCAGUGAUGACACACCUUUGGAAAUGGUGACGUGCCCAAGAGCCAGCUGGGCUUUGGUUAGAACUCCUCAGUGGAAUGAACUCCAACCACCAUUUAAUGCAAACCAUCCACUGCUCCUGGCUGCAGAUGCUGUGCAGUACUACCAGUAUCUUCUUGCUGGCUUGGUUCCACCUGGGAGCCCUGGACCCAUCACUCGACACGAGUCGUACGACAGCUUAGCAUCUGACCACAGCGGGCAGGAGGAUGAGGAGUGGCUCUCACAGGUUGAAAUAGUGACUCACACUGGGCCUCAUCGACGCCUGUGGAUGGGCCCACAGUUCCAGUUCAAAACAAUCCAUCCCUCAGGCCAAACUACCGUCAUCUCAUCCAGUUCUUCAGUGCUGCAGUCGCAUGGUCCAAGCGAUACCCCGCAGCCUCUUCUGGACUUCGAUACAGAUGAUCUUGAUCUCAACAGUCUCAGGAUUCAGCCAGUUCGGUCAGAACCUGUUAGCAUGCCGGGGUCACCACGUCCAGUUUCUGAUCGCAGAGGAGGUUCAACAGUGAUUGAUGCUACCUCAGAGUGGCCACUAGCACAGACGACUUGAACUUGUAUCACCCGCAAACUGACAACGCUGGAGCCACCAGUUUGUCAUUAUCCCUACUAGUGUAUCUGAUUUAAUUUUGUGACAGUGGAUUAAUUCUUAAAAUUGCAGUGCUUUUUGCUCGUUAAUGGUCAGUAAAUGAUUCCGGGGGGGGUUGGGGGAAUGGAAUUCAUCAGUUUUGUAGUCGUUUUAAUUCUUCUAGUUUUAAGUUGUUCUAUAAAUAUGUCUUUAUGGAUGUAGUUUUACUAGCUUAAAAACAUCUAAUUGAAAACAGUUGCUUAAAUCUCUUUGGAUCAAGAAGGCAGUAAUAAGCAAAGAGAGUAUCUUAUCCCUGCAAUCCAGAAACGCUUAGUGACUGGUAUACUCGGUGCAUGUGUAAUCAGCUUCUUGUUUCAUCUAAAAGCCUUAGCUCUCUUGGUGUGAUUUAGUACCUCACCAGCAGCAUGGUUUUAUUUGUCUCUAAGAUUAUCAACUAGUGAAACAAAAUAUAAAACAAAAUGGCACAACAUACAGAAAUGUUUUUAAAAAUAAUUAAUUUCUGCCAUCUUCUUGUGUGUAUAAUGUGUCUGGAAUAUCACCAGGCUGCCGAGAAAAAAAGCGUUAGAUUUGCCUUCUUGUAAGUUAACAUUUUCUUGCACAUUAUGUGAUGUUAUUCUUAUGACUUAAUGUUUGUAUCAGGAAGGACUGAUCUCUGCUGUUUUGUAAGGUACCCAACAGACGAACCCAUAGCUCUUAGGUGAGAUCAGCUUGUCCAUUUACCUGUUGAUGCUGCUUGUGAUUCCAAAACCAAUGAGCUCCAAGAGAUAAACGUUUGGAUGUGCAUAACUUUGCUUUCUGAAAUAGCUAUAUUCUGUGGAUUUGGACUUGGUGAAGGGUUUGUUGCUGUGAUUUGGGUUUGGUUUAUUGUCUUUUGUUUGUUUAAUGUCAGAAAUUCAGGUCCUUUCUAGCUUAUGAGAUGUAAUAACUGUAGAUCCCAUGCAUGAUAGUGAGAUACUUCAAUUAUUUAAAACACUCUGGGUUAUGUUGGUAAUCCAUUGAAACAAAAAAUUAUUGAUGACCACUCUGGUUGCUGGCCCAUUUUUAAAGGCUUAUACCUGCAUCCCUCUGGCUUGAAAUCUGGUACCAUUUUCCAAAGUGAUCCUUAGAAAGUGCUCUACCAAACUUUGGAAUUUUGUAAAUGAUAUGUGGCUCAUUGCCAAGCAGGGAAGCGAGGUGAAGAAAGCCACUCUGUGCUUGUGGAGAGGGAAUGCAAAACCACGAAUCUUCCUUCAUGCAAGUGGGAAAUAAAAUAGGUUAACUUACAUGAUCAUCAGUGAUCAUUGCUUUGAAGACUUGGGUUCAGAUCACCAGGACUGUUCACAUGGUCAAUUAUAACAUCUUAUUAGGAGUUAUAAUGAACAGAGAUGAUAAUUUCAUAAAUUGCAAGCACACAUUUAACUGUGCCCUAGAUUGCAUGGAUCUUAUUUCUUACUGCCUAAACAGGCAAACUGUAACACGGACUUUCAAGGGAAAACUACAUCCCUCUGCAAGUUUUGUCAUUUUCCUUUUUAUUAAUUUUAUUUCUAAAUGUCAAAGAAUUUCAUACAACUUUGUUAAUCUUAAGUAUUAAGAAGUGGUAGCAUCGUGUCUUGCAGUUUGUGCAGGCUGCCUUCCCACAGUCUGAAGGAGCACAUACUUGUGCAGCUAGAGCAUCUUAUUCUUUGUUCACGACUUAAAAUGCAGUGAGAGUUCAACCCCUGAAAUUCUUUUUCUGAGUCUUUUUGAUAAGCAGGUAGCACUUCACACAAGCCCAUUGUUAAAAAUCACUUGCUGUUUGGUGGUUGAAGAAAUGCAUAAGUGUAUUCCAUCCAUCUAAAAGCCAUCCAUUACGAAAAAUAAUCAAACAUCCCUUUUUUCUUGUACAUUUGUGUCAUUCUGUGAAUCGGAAGCAUUUUAUGUACUAAGGGCAAUGUGCUUUGCUUUUGGAAUUCCUGAGUUUUACUAAAACCCUGGGGCAUAGUUGGUUCAGGAGAC